CUUUGAUCUGCAUUUAGUCACUCAUAGUCGACUAGACGAAAAUAAUUCGUAGAUACGUGUAGCGUGGGCGCCGCGAGCCGAUACCUAGUUCUCAACCGAAACGUUGGAACGCACGACGCCUCGCGUUACGCAACGUACUGUAAUCAACGUAAAAGUUAUGUUCGUGUAAGUCACUGACAACACGACCGGUCUCGGCGGCAUUAUUUUCGCGGUUAUUAUUGUGACCGGCUGGCUAUUAAGAUUACGGAUGUAUGCGUGUAAAUUGUAUACGCCUCCGAUGUUAGUUUAGCUGCGAUAACAAAAGGCGGACGACGUGCAGUCAUUUUUAAUUCGUGACGAACGCGAAUAUAUUUUUUUUUCGUGUUUGAUUUUCCAAUUUUGAAACGCAACUAAUGUUGCCAGUUGAAAUCGAAGCGUUUCGAAUCGAAAAAAAUAUUUUGAACUGUUAAUUGUUUACGUUAAGAUUCGUUAUCGGUUACGCUGCAGCGAUAAGAGGCGCGCUGACUUAACGUCACAAGAUAGUGAAAGCAAGUGCAAGAACAUUUGUGUACUUGAACGGAUUGUUUUGAAAUCGAUAUCGAUAAUACCGAUUCAUGAAUAAUACAUACAGGAAGGAACACGCUACGCCCACUAUGCUAGUUUAAUACACCCAGUUAAAACUGUUAAUUGUAUGUGUGAUUAAACAGUACUUAUCGAAGUGCAAACGAUGAUUUAAAGUGAUUGAGUGUUCCAAUUGUACGCGGUUGCAGAUACAAAUCGAGCAUUAGGCGUACCUAAAGCAGAUACGUCAACGUUUGCGCGGCGGUUUGCCUGUUAUUACUUGUCGGGGGUCUCACGCCACAGUCUUCAGCAGCACCUCGUAGAAGCCGCAGCACAAUGCAACGACAAAAACGUGCAGCUGAUACAUCUGAAAACCACCUGUGGAGCAACCCUUGUGACCUUAAUAACCUUACUACAGUCAAUGUACCAGAUCCAAAAACAGUCGCGCCGAAGCUCAUCGCGCAGGCUACGAGCGCCUACAGGUCGGCAACUAAAUACAAGGAUACAUUGGCGUUGCAACUGCACAGUUUCCAGAGCUUCGACGAAUUGAUAACCCAAUGGGUAGGAAACGAGUGGCUUAGGAAGUUUUCGUUCUCUGCAGAGGUGCUGCCUAAAGAUAAAACACUUUAUAAGGAGGCAUCGGAGGAACAACUUGAGAGUUUAAUGGGUAACAUCGAUACUGUUCUUCCAUCGAUGUACAAAGCUCUAAAACUGAUAGUGGCUGGUUUGCACGCGUUCUCUAACGGUCUCAACGACAACAUCAUAGCUGACGAAGCUUUGAAGGAGAACACCAAUCAAACUAUGCACGAUGUUCGAGCUGUUCUCUGCUACUUUUCUGACAUUAUGAGGGCGCGAAAUCUUGAACUCAUUCCACUACCUGAGUCUGAGGUUCCGGUCAUACCAUCGGAUAAUAUGGUGACCGACGGACUUCUCAUCUACAGAGACACUCUCAACUAUUUGGAAUACUUGAGACAAGUCUUCAAGAAGCUGUAUGGUUAAAUCGUUUGAAAGCUCAUGACUGGCCAAGAGGCUGCCAAUGAAGAGUGCUUCCUCCUGGCUUUCCACGGCUAUCGUACUUAUUCUUUGGUGCUUAAUAACCUUAACAACUAUACUCUUCAGUUGGCGUAUAAUGUUGGGUUAUUAAUCUCAUUGUAGUUAAAUUAUUCGCACCUUUAGAUAUUUUAGCUUAUGAAUGUAGUAAAAAUGUCAUUGCCAUUACUUUGCCAUUUUGGUCUAGAUCGAAACAGUUCCUUUGUUUUUUGUGUAAAUAGUGACGAAUUUAAAAAUAAAAAGUAUGUGUAUUAUUUAUUACGUGCAGCGAAUUAACUUUCUAAAUUUUCCGAUUAUCCUAGUCAAGGUCUAACUUAUUUAUUUGGCGCUUAAAUUCCACUUUAGUUUCGGUUUUUUUAUUUUUUUAUUUAUAUAUUAUUUAAUUUAGAUUUUAAUUUCCCCGUCUUUAGUGUUGUGAAACGUAUUUUAAAUGUGCUAAUCGAUAGUUUAUAUUAUCAUAGAGUUUAUAUUAUCAUAGAGUUAUGAUAAUAUAAACGAUAUAUAUGAGAUAGUUUAUAUUAUCAUAGAGACUUACUGUACGGCAUACGUUCAAGCAGCCUUGAUUGUAAAGUUUGAAGAUUUAAGUGGAAAAUACGUUUCAUGAGCACUCCGAAGGCAGGGUGGUGGUAAGGCCCAAUCAUUCCGUGGACGUUGAUCGACGACAAUGUUGGUCAAAUUGUUUUGUUGGCCCGUGCCUGUCUCUUGUGAAGAAUCAUGAUUGUGAAAUUCGAUAAUUAAUUCUAUCGAAACUAACAUUUAUUGCUACGACCACAAUAAAGUCGAGGCUACAUUACUCCGUGAACUUACCUUUUAAUUGUAUAUUUUAAUUCCUAAUUUCACAGUAUUACUUGACACUUUGUUAACUAUUUAUACUGUUACGGAAAUCCAAUCAAAUGUGUCGUCUAGCUUUAAUAGAGCUGUUAAUUGUAUAAUUGUAAAGUACAGUGCCAGUGUAUUUAUGACUUAAUCAUUAUUUGUACAGUUCAAAUGGUACUUAUUUAUAACUGGUGCAAACACUGGGAUUUCUGUGUUUGUGAAAUUAAAUUAUUAUUGCAUU